AUGACCCGGAAAAUGUGGGGCUUAAUUCCUGUGUUGGACUGCUCCCAGCUGCUGUGCCUCUGCCCUACGCAGUGCAAGCCCUCCAUCUGCCCCAUCACGACCCCCGGACCCCGGGUGGACUCUCAUCACACCAUGUCAGCAGACCAAGCUUUUGUGACGUUGGCCACGAACGACAGCUACGCCAAGGGAGCGAUGGUUCUCGGCCAGUCGUUACGAAACCACAACACGACCAGGAAACUGGUCGUACUCGUCGGACCUCAUGUUGCAGAACCUUGCAGAGAUGCACUCCGCUCCAUUUUUGAUGAGGUGCGUGUGGUGGACGUCAUGGACUCAGGCGAUGCGGCUCAUCUAUCCCUGAUGAAGCGUCCGGACCUGGGGGUAACAUUCACCAAACUGCACUGCUGGACUCUCACACACUACAGCAAGUGUGUGUUCAUGGAUGCAGACACACUGGUGCUGUCAAAUAUAGAUGAACUCUUUGAAAGAGAGGAACUAUCUGCAGCGCCGGAUCCUGGUUGGCCAGACUGUUUCAACUCUGGGGUGUUUGUCUUCAGGCCGUCCAAUGAGACGCACGACAAGCUGCUCACGUUCUGCAGUGAAAACGGCAGCUUCGAUGGUGGAGAUCAGGGAGUUCUCAACAGUUUCUUUAACACCUGGGCGACGGCAGACAUUUCCAAACACCUUCCCUUCAUCUACAACCUCAGCAGUAUCGCCAUCUACUCCUACCUGCCAGCUUUUAAAGAGUACGGCCAUGAUGCCAAGGUGGUGCACUUCCUGGGUAAGGUGAAGCCAUGGAGCUACUCCUACGACGCUCAGAGGGGCGAGGUCAAAGAUCACGCCCUGUCCCCUGAACAGUGCCAUCUGCACCCCGACUACCUGCUCAUGUGGUGGCAGCUGUACGCCAAAUCUGUGCUGCCUUUACUGCAGCAGGCCUACGGGGACACGCCAUUCAACAGCGGCUUCGCAGAGGCGAUUGAGGACGGUAAGCUUCACGAGGAUGUUAAAGAGCACCCGGCACCCUUCGCUCCUCCUCCCCAGAAGGUUUCAUCACAGGAGAGGAAGCAGCGCUGGGAAGCGGGCCAGAUCGACUACAUGGGUGACGACUCCUUUGCCAACAUUGAGCGAAAGCUUAACUCCUUUUUAAAGUAGCGGGCAGGCGAGGUAGCGUGACAGACAGAGAGAGCACACCAGUCAAAGCUCUGUGUGGGUGGAGAUUUUAAUCACUGCUCAGCCAAUCACAGGGGCUUGAUUAGCAGGGGACUGGUUGCAUCUGUGCAAUGUUUAGCCUCACUCUCUGCACCCUGUCAGUGUGUGUGAACGACAGGGAGUAGACGUUUGACACAGUUCCCAUGCACUCUUACCAUUCAUUUAGUUGCCUCAGAGGAAAAGUUUGACAUUUCGGGAAAUAACCUCAUUCGCUUUCUUGCUGAGUUAGACGAGAAGAUUGAAAGCACUCACUACACGUUUGUAUGCGUGAUAUAAAGCUACCACAAACAGCUGGCUAACACUUAGCAUAAAGACAGCACUGUGUACGAUAGAUACUCCAUGAUUUGGUCACAUAACAUUUUGUACACAAACCUUAGGGGGUAAAAUAAACAUGUCCCCCAAAAAAAAUAUCUUUAAACAUGGGGGGGGGCCAUGUUUAAAGAUAUUUUUGUUUUUAUGUAUUGCUACCGGACUAUUUCUUGGCCGAAACCAGUAAUUUCCUCAAGUCUCGGUUAGUUGCCCAGCAACUAGUUGCGACCGCCUAGAAAUACUUUGGCAUAUAACCUCCCAUAAAACAAACGUUUUUCUUCUUUUUGUACGGAUUAAACAAAUGAGAUGCAUGCUAAUUAGUGAGCUUUAGAAGUACUGUUAGGUAGAUUUGGUUGUUUGGACACAGCCAGGCUAGUUGUUUACCUUUUUUCAGUCUUUAUGCUAGGCGUUGGCUUCACUGUACAGACAUGAGUAGUAUAAUCUUCUCAUUUAAUUCUCUGGAAGAAAGCGAAUAAGCGUACUUCCCAAAAUGUCAGGUUAUUCCUUUAAGUGUUCUUGUGCAUCUCAUGGAGUCCUGAGUCUUCCUAACCUGUGGAAACUUUCAGCAACAGAAACUGAGAAAAUGACCACGGGCGAAUCCCAUGGUUAAAGGGAACUCAGUAAGUUUAAACGUUGUUUCUGGAAUUUACCACAACUCCUUUCCUGCAAUAAGUCUCUCUAUUUAAACCACUUAGAAGCAGAUAUGCAGCAACUGGCUCACUUCACUCUCACUGAUCUCCUUUCCAGCCAGUUAUGAUUAUCUCGCUUUAAUCAGACAGUGUUCACCUCACCAGAAUACAUAGGUAAAGCUCCUCAUAUGUGCCUCUGAUGCUCACCAGCUCCCUGUGACAUCAACUUUGUAAUGGCUGGUUGUUGUUUUAGGAAAAAAAGGUCUGUUGUGUUUGCAUGGCACAGAGUGGAAAAAAUGGCUCAGUAAUGUACGUCCACCCGCAUUCUAAGGUCACGUUGAUAGUCAGUUUUGUAUGUAUUUGUGUGGGAUUAAAGAAUAGUGCACUCCCCAAACAUCUGUCAUCUGCAUGUUAUGUCCCUGCCAGACCUGCAUCAAUAUAUCUUUGUGCCAUGAGCAGUUUCAUCACUUCCUGUCUGUAGUGUAACCAGCUGCCUUAUUACCGUUCACUGUUUACAAAACCUCACUUACUGUAACUGCUGCUAGUAGCACAACACAUUUAACUCUGAGGAGUCCCUCCUUUACUGUUGCCAAUACCUCCUCUACUUCACUCCAGCUGUGUGCCCUUAAACUAAACUAUAGCUCCUGACAAUAAUAAUAAUACUCUCCUCACUCAACACUCCCCCAACAAGAAGCUGGCAAGGUCGAUUUUUUUGUCCAAUUUUGCCAACCUGCUAAAUCCCGAAUAUGCAUGAGCGUGGAAGUGGAACAUUAUUGUAGUAAAUGCCGAUCUGUCCUGUUCACCAGCUGUUAACUGUACAUCCCUGUUGAAGCGCUAAUAAAGAACUGGUGAAAGAAGUCACCCUUUAUCCAA